UUAAUUUUGUAAAUCCAUCAGUGAAAUGUAUUCUGAGUAUAUACUGAUUGUUUGUUCCACACAUGAUUUUCUAGAAUCCACUCAGGCUGUUCAGUCCCUCCAUGGCUCUGGGCGUGGGGCCGGCACACUUGGUCGUGAUCGAGAGAUUAAAAAACUCAAUGAGGAAAUCGAUCGGCUAAAAAAGAAACUGGCAGACUCUGAUAGGCUGGAGCACCAGCUCGAGGAGGCAGUGACUCUUCGACAGGACUUUGAAAGUUCCUCCUCCAAACUAAAGGCACUGGACAAGCAAGUUAAAGCUCUAAAGCUGGAGAAAGAGGAUAUCCAUAAGGUAUGGGUGACUGGAGAGCUGAAUUACCAGCCAUUCCUGUAUGCAAGAACCGCUUUCUUGUAAUAAGAGAAAUUAUGC